GCUCGUCAAUGAUCACUGUCGUUUACAAUUUGACCAAUGAGCUGCCUUAUGCCUUGGUAUGAAACGAAGCCAACACUGACUGAGAGGGCAAGCUGAGAUUAUCGACACGAUGGACUCCUUCCAAGAAACGCUAGAAGCUGUUCAGAAGGUGCUGCAACCAUACACCAGGCCUCGCGAGGAAGCCGCCCAUAUCAGACGGAUCUUGACACUUCACCUCAGUUCGGGCUUGAAAGACGGAGCAACGCUAACAGAACCGUUGUCUCUCACCGAGUCAAGUGAAGUACCCCCCUACUCACAAGAUACUAGAGGUCUGUAUAGGGAAUUCCUCGAAGCAUUGCGCGCGAACAUCAAAGCCCGCAAAGAAUACCACACACUCUCACAAAAGCGCAGUCAUCAUGAGGUUUCUAUCCCUAAACCAACAGAAAUACAGUCUAACUACCUUCUCAACCAUCUCACCAACCUCAAGAUACAAAAGAGGCAAGAAAAACUUUUAGUAGUCAAGAAAAACCUUGACCUCUUGAGGCAGAAGCCGGCAGCAUCACCGGAUUUUCUAGACCAUCAAAAACUUUCCAGAGUUUGCAGACCGCUUCCUGAGGUUCCAACCGAGAUUAUCAACUCUCUAGCGCUCGAGGAAACGUCGGAGAACAUCACCGCAUCUAGCAGUGUCCGGCUCGAGGACCUCGUAGAGACACUCGAGCACCGUACUUUCCAAACGAAACUAUCACUCAAACAGGAAGAGACCCUCCUCGAGAACGCGAAAUCCCACCCCUUCGCCGUGCAACCGGAAGAAAUCAACCCAAAAGCAAAGCUUCAAGCAUUGAAUGCCACUCGUACUGAGCUGAUCAACUGGGUCGAGACCGAGCUAGGGAAAGCAUCCGGAGAGGAAAAAGACGGAGGAGGAGAAAGGGCUAGACAAGAUGACUUCCAAGUCCAACGGGACCAACAGCUCACACACAAAACCCAACUCCUUAACCAACAACUCGCCAGCAUCAAAGAAAAAUAUGCCGAGUAUCUCUCCAAACGAAAAGCUCUCCUAGAGCUGGUCACCACCCAACUUCGCUCCCUACCGUCCCUCGAUUUCCCCGCCAUCACUGCCUUUUCCUCCUCUCCUUCAGCGGCAUCUCAUGAGCGAUCUUCAACACAAGCAGCAGCAGCAGCAGCAGCAGAGGCGCCUACACCCGCUCCCAUAAUAGACCACCUCCUCACCCCAACCCUCACCCACCUCCUCACCCUCUCUCACGAACAUAAAGGCCUAAUGGCUCACAAAACCCACAUAACCACCCUCCUCACCAAGCAGCUGAGGGAAAACGCCCAGGUACUGGAUCACCUGGUGGAAGAAAGCCAGUUGAUACCCGCCCACGCCACGGCAGUAGUAGUGCACAAGAAACAUGACGAUGACCCCAACGCCAUGAUGUCAUCGCGUCUAGUCAACCCGUGGGUAUCAGCCGCCGACUCAGCCAAGAUCGCAACUUUUGAGGUGGUAGUGGAGAAAAUUGAGAAAGGGCAGAUAGCGCUGGAGGGAGCAAUUCGCAUGCUAGGCGAGGCUGAUCGGUUGUUGGGACGUGGGUUGCAGCAGCAGCCGCAGCAGCAGCAGCAACGACAGAAGUCGGUUAAAGCGGCUUGCGGAGAGGAGGAGGGUAAUGAUGAUGAUAAUGAUGGUGAUGAUGAUGAGGUGGGCGAGGAAUCUGAUAUAUGGCUUGUCGAGGGGCAGAAAUCGCUGAAAAUCACAAAUUCAACUGGUGGAUCGGGACUUGGGACGAGAUACGAUGAGGGAGGCAGAAAGGGGAAGGAGACAGCUGGCCACCGUGAGGGAGGGUGUUUGAGCAUGUGGAAUAUGGUGGAUGUGGAUGUAGGACUAGAGAAGACUGGGUAGAGGCAGCCAUAACUAUCGUGUGUUGCGACGGGAGAUACCUCGGAAGACAACUGGUGAGCGAGGUGCCAGGGAUAAAAGACCAUUGUCAAGCAUUUGUCAAGAAAGAAGUCCAGGACUAGAAACACCAAAAUAU